CUCUCCAUGUUUGCUGUUUUAGGGGAUGGUGCGGUUCAGUGAUGUGACUGUAGAUUUCUCCCGAGAAGAGUGGGACUGCUUGGACUCUGUGCAGAGAGUUUUAUACAGAGACGUGAUGUUGGAGAACUAUAACAACCUGGUCUCAGUGGGACUUUCCAUUUCUAAGCCAGCUUUGAUCUCCUUACUGGAGCAAGGGCAAGAGCCCUGGAUAGGUGACAGAAUACCUGCUAGAGAUCAGUUCUCAGAUCAACCAUCAAAGCCUGUGACCAAGAAACCAUCUUUAAGGAAAAAAGCUAGUAAUGUAAAAUCAUUUCAGUUGGAGUUAGUGGAAAGAAUUAAAAGGCUGGGCUCAACUGUCAGAGAUGUUUCAGAAUGUAAAGAUCACUUUGAGAAACAACAAUCAUAUCAGGAGGCAUGUUUCAGCCAAGAAAAAGUCACCCAUGAAGAUGUGCCUGCUUUCAAUCAGCAUGUGUCUCUUACACUACACCAAAGAAUUGAAAAUGAAGAGAAACCAUAUGAGUGUAAGCAAUGUGGGAAGGCUUUUAGUCGUGCCUCACAUCUUACUCAGCAUCAGAGAACUCAUACUGGUGAGAAGCCCUAUGAAUGUACAGAAUGUGGAAAAGCCUUUAAUUGUGGAUCAGCACUUACAAAACAUCAGAAAAGUCACACUGGAGAGAAACCCUAUGAAUGUAAGGAAUGCGAUCAGUCUUUUAGUUGUGGCUCAGACCUUUUACGACAUCAGAGAAUUCAUACUGGUGAGAAACCCUAUCAGUGUAGACAAUGUGGAAAGUCUUUUCGUUGGAUCUCAUACUUUUCUCAACAUCAAAGAAUUCAUACAGGUGAAAAACCUUAUGAAUGUAAGGAAUGUGGGAAGGCAUUUAGAACUAGCUCAUACCUUUCCCAACAUAAGAAAAUUCACACUGGUAAGAAACCAUUUGAAUGUAAGGAAUGUGGAAAGACAUUUUGUUGGAGCUCCUAUCUUACAAAACAUCAGAGAAUUCAUACUGGUGAGAAACCCUAUGAAUGUAAGGAAUGUGGGAAGGCCUUUAAUAAGAACUCAAAACUUGUUCAGCAUCAGAGAAUUCAUACUGGUGAGAAGCCCUAUGAAUGUAAAGAAUGUGGAAAGGCCUUUAAUAGGAGCUCAAGUCUUAUUCAACAUAACAGAAUUCAUACUGGUGAAAAACCCUAUGAAUGUAAGGUAUGUGGAAAGACCUUUAGCUGUAGCUCAUACCUUUCUCAACAUCAGAGAUUUCACACUGGCAAGAAGCCCUAUGAAUGUAAAGAAUGUGGAAAGUCCUUUAGUUAUCACUCAAACUUUACUGUACAUAAGAAAAUUCAUACAGGUGAGAAACCCUAUGAAUGCAAGAAAUGUGGCAAGGCCUUCACUGGGAGCUCCAGCUUUAUUCAGCAUCAAAGAAUUCACAGUGUUGAUUAACCCAAUGAAUGGAAGUACUGUGCAGAAGAUAUUUUCAUGGUUCAGAAUAAUAAUAAUAAACCAAAUAAUAUUAAAAUAGUGACAUCCUAUGAACAAAAUAAAUAACAACACUUUUACAACCUUAUUGUAAAUAUUAGAAAGAUCAUAUUUGAGAGUAACCAUGUGAAUUUAUCUUUUGCUAAUUAAUGUCUAUAAGUUUGUUUCAUGCUGAACUGUGAAACCAUUUCAAAUUUUACUCCAAAAUAGGAAAGUGUCUCAAUUGAUCAUGUAGCCUCAAAUUCUUAGCACUAGGUAAUCAUUAAUUCCUGUAUUCUACAUGUGUAUGUUGCCUCUUGUUGACUGAUAUAUUCUUAUCAAUAUUAGCCAGUAUUUUAGGACCCUCUUUUCUAUUAUUUUGAUCCAAAAUAUCUCUGCUUUCUCUCAGUAUUUAAAUAUCUAAAUUUAGUAUUUUAUAUAAAUGAUACAUUUAUGUCUUUUAGA